UUUACAAUCAAUCAGAGAAGAAUCAUUUGCAGAGACCCAGAUCGUGAAACAGCUCUCUUCAGUCUUCAACAGUUGCAUUACCUUUGCAAAGAAGCCCUACUGUAUAUAUAUACUUUUUUGGUCCUCUGUACCAUUUAACACUUUUCCUUCAGAUUUCCAAUCAAUACAACCCUAGCAAAGCAGUGUGAAUCAAACUGUCAACUGGGAGCAAUUCGCUUUUUAGUAGAGUAAGUUCUUUUUACUUUGUUCCUGGGUCAAGUUUACAAAAUACUGGAAAUGCAAAUGCCUUCAAAGGGUUGAAAAACAACCGCUCCAACCAGUCCUACAAAGCUCGACCUGCAACUUCUAGAGUCCUUCAAACCCAAGUGCAACAUAGUGGACAACAUUGCUGUGAGUGAGUGCAUGCGGUGGUGUCCCUCAGCAUGGUGUUGCCACCACCGGACAAGCGGCAUGUGUGUCUUACCACCAUUGUCAUCAUGACCAGCAUGGCCUUCAUGGACGCCUACCUGGUGGAGCAGAAUCAGGGACCACGAAAGAUCGGCGUCUGCAUCAUUGUCCUUGUUGGGGACAUCUGCUUUCUUAUCGUCCUUCGCUAUGUGGCAGUUUGGGUUGGAGCAGAAGUGCGGACGGCUCGACGAGGAUACGCCAUGAUCCUUUGGUUCCUCUAUAUCUUUGUGCUGGAGAUCAAACUUUACUUUGUCUUCCAGAACUGUAAGGCUGAUCGCAAGAGUCUGGAGACUGUCGCCCGGAAGGCUUUGACUUUAUUGUUAUCUAUUUGUGUGCCAGGCCUCUACCUAGUUCUGGUGGCUCUGGACAGCAUGGAAUAUGUCCGUACCUUUCGGAGGAAAGAAGACAUGAGGGGUCGGCUUUUCUGGGUGGCUCUGGAUUUGCUGGACCUGCUGGAUAUGCAGGCAAAUCUUUGGGAGCCACAGCGGACUGGUUUGCCCAUUUGGGCGGAAGGUUUGAUGUUCUUCUACUGCUACAUUUUGCUUCUGAUUCUUCCCUGUGUGUCCCUGAGCGAGAUCAGCGUGGAAGGUGACCACGUGUCGCCCCAGAAGAUGAUGCUCUAUCCUCUUCUCAGUCUGGUCACCAUUAACAUCGUCACCAUCCUCAUACGUGGCGUCAACAUGGUGGUCUUCCAGGACAGCCGGGUUUCCACCAUCUUCGUUGGCAAGAAUGUGGUGGCCAUCGCGACCAAGGCAUGCACCUUUCUCGAGUACCGGAAACAGUCGCAUGAAUUCCCAAAUCGAGAGAACACAACCGGAAUUCCCAUGGAAGUCCAGCAGAACUCUGUGGGACAUGGACAAGCUCUUCCUAAUGCCACAAGCCUUCCACAUGAACCCACUUCAGCACGGGAGAUGAUGGAUACAUGACCAAGGAACCAAAAUGAAGGAUUUUGUUUGACUUGGAGCCAACAAUAAGCAUUCAAACCACCAGAUAAGAACUGAUGAAGUGCUGCAUCCUGUUGUGAACUGAAGUAAAUCAAGCAAAUAUGAGCUGUUGUAAAAAAUAAAAUAAAUAAAAUCAGUGUUUUAUAAUUCGUUCACCACAGUUGGCAAUGAACAACCAAGCUGUUUUCUUUCUGUACAGUAGCAAACGGACUGUGGUGCAAAAUACUUGUUUGAGAGACCAAACUGUUUCCAUCCACUUUUUUGUGUGUGUGACUUCCUGUUGCUGAGGUGCAUCAGAUAUUUUCCUCUCUUGCAAGUAAUGAAUGCGGGAAUGGAAAAAGUGUGCAAUGAAUUUAUCAAUAAGGGAGCUAGUUAGGUCAGGUUGAUGUUUAGACCAAAUGUUGGGGAGUAGUUCUACAUGCCUGCAGUAUGUGUUUGCACUUGUGUAUUAUGAUGUGUUGACAUUUAAAGAAAUGAGAAUGAGAGGAAAAAGAAAGAAAUUUGUGUGCGAUGACCUUUAUGGAAUUGUUUAGGAAAAAGUCAGUGAAUGCACUACCACUUGGUUGGUAUAUUGAUUAUUAUUGCUAUCAUUGUUAUUAUAAUUAUUAUAUAUACCACUUGUGUAUUUGCUUUUUUACACUUUUGUUUGAGGAUUCAGUGGUAUUUAAUAAUAAAAAAUAA